AUGGCGAGCCUCACGGCUGGCGGCGCCAAGUCCAUGGGGGAGAUCAUCGGCGGCGAUGCGUCUUGCACCGACCAGAUCAAAAACACGCGGUUGCACAUGGCGGCGGUGCAGACGCACAAGCAGCUGGGCAAGCCCGAACGCUUCCAGUCCGACCCGCCCGCUGCCUUUUGCCUCCGCGACAUGCCUCUCCAGUGCGCGGAGCAAUCUGUGACCAUCAAGCAUUUGGUGGACUGGGUGACAGUGGAGGAUGGCGCCGUGGACCACUUGGACAGCGUCGACGUGUACGACGCCAUGUGCGGGGGUAACUACAUGGCGCUGCCUGCGCCAUUCAAGCCGAACAAGGACCCAGGAGAAAUCGCUUUUACCAUGCAGCUUUACAUAUUGCCGAAGGACCCCAACGGCGACCAGUACGUCCUCAAGUCCGUCAGGUUCCAGGACAAGGUUCGGACCGACAUCGCCAAGGAGAUCUUCGUCGCGGGCGCGGCGCUCUCCGUCCAUUGGGGGAACUCGAAAGACAUACAUACGCCGCUCAAGCUCUUCCUUUACAUGAUGGAGAGGUUGGGCGGGGUGCAGAUCCGCCAUUGGGCCCAGCCGUCCGUGGUCGCAGCCAUUGCGGGUGGCGGCUACGACAAGGGAAAGCGAACGGCUGGCUUCCGUUUCAUAGAGGAGUACGGCCUGAAGGCGAACAACCGCAACCAGUUCGUGGAGUGGACCGACGAGAUGAUUCACGACGAGAGCUCGCCGAUCUUCGGUUGGCAAGCGUCUGAAGUCAAGGAGUCGCUCCGCAAUUACGCCGCGGGUUCUGUUGGUGCGAAGACACUCGAGCGUUGGGCGGUCACGCUCAAGCGCUUCCACCCAUUCGUGUUCGACAACAUCGUUGUCCCCAUCCUCAAGAGCCACGACGUGCACGGGACCAUGUGGAUCGGCAAAACGAGGGUCGGCAACUCCACUGCGUCGAAGACCAUCGGCUUCGCGAUCUCAGCCUACCAAAUAGACAAGAGAGAUCGCGCCGACCUCCGCCCGAGCAUUGUCACGACCAAGAAGAUCGACUUCUUGCGCCUCGAGCCUGGGGCCGUGUUCAAGCCCGCCAUCGCGGACGACACUGUCCUCGCGAAGUGGUCCCCCGACGAGAUCAAGGCAUUCCUCGACCCUGCCGAGGAGGACGCGCUGCUGUGGGCGAGGUGGGGUGGCGCCUCCUUCGAGCAGAACCAGUCUCGCCAGAUCUGCGUCAACCCGUGCAAUGACGAGUUCGAGAGGUCGGUCCGUUCCAUCCGCCUUGACAAGGAAGAGGUCGCAUUCGCAGACUUCCUCAAAAUCAUCGAAUGCAAUUUCGUUGGCGAGAAGCAGGGGAGCAACCAGAUGGCGGACGUGGAGGCGUACCUCGCGAGGUCCAACAUAGUGCUUCUCACUGAGGGCUGGAUGUACAUGCGCUUGGCGUCCACGACAAAGGAUCCAGUACCCCGCUUCCCAUGGCCAGUUCCAGAGAAGCCAGACCUCUUUACGCCCGAGACCACCCCUAUCCUGAAGCGCUUCAAGAAGGACCAGACUUUCGCGCCGCCCGACUACGACGUGACCAUGAAGUGGGCCGUGGCCGCCAUGAAGAAACUUGCCCGCGGCGAUGACAUCGGGCGUUCGUCGACGGUCCGCGGCCCCAUGCUUUUCAACCAGGAGGCGCCCCCGAGGUACAAUUUCCCAGAUUUGGACAUUGACUUGGAC